GAAGAAUUUGGAAUUUAUCAGAUUAUAGAUUCAGCCUCUAAAUAUUCAUCAAAGGCUAAAUCUGCUAAGGCUUUUUAUAACGAUAAAGAUUCAAUUGAUUCAUCUGAAGCGAGUAUCGCAAAAUGA